GACGCAGAAGCAACCUUCUGCUGUCAGUUCCCCACUGGAGCUUUCUCUGCGAGGAGCACUGGUCACUGUAGGCUUGGAAGCAAAAUGAAGCGAAGCCACAAUUACAGUUCGUCGGAUAGCGAUCUGGACGACAAUGUUGAGGUGGAGAAGGAUAGUGGCGACGAAAAUGGUCAACUUGAUUCCCACGGCUCGAUGUCACCCUCCACAACCACCCAGGUUCAAGCCAGAAAAAGGCGCAGAGGGAUAAUUGAGAAACGCAGACGUGACCGAAUCAAUAAUAGUCUGUCAGAGUUGAGAAGAUUGGUGCCAAGUGCUUUUGAAAAACAGGGAUCAGCUAAAUUGGAAAAAGCAGAAAUUUUGCAAAUGACUGUGGACCAUUUGAAGAUGCUUCAUGCAUCUGGUGGCAAAGGCUACUUUGAGGCUCAUGCUCUUGCUAAGGAUUAUCGCAGCCUGGGCUUCAGGGAGUGCCUGGCAGAGACAGCUCGCUACCUGAGCAUCAUAGAGGGUCGGGAGAGUGCAGACCCCCUCCGUAUACGUUUGGUGUCCCACCUCAGCAACUACGCCUCUCAGAGGGAGGUGCACACUGGACUGGAACACUUAGCCUGGGGCUCUGCCUACGGGGCCGCCCAUCUCCCCCACCCCCUCCUCCUACAGCACCCCCAGGGCAGGACACCUGCAUCCAGGAGCAACAGUAGCCCAUCCUCCUCCUCUUCUUCUUCCUCUACGUCUUCCUCCUCCUCCACUGAGACAUCUGGGACAUCCAGACUCAGUGUCAUGCCCCCCACAGAGUCCCUCAGGGUGCCUCCCAACGGCUCGCUGCCCCUCAGUCUGUCUCUGCCAACAUCCAAGCUUUCGCCACCACUCCUUUCAUCCCUCUCCUCACUGUCGGCCUUCCCCCUCUCCUUCGGUGCUUUCCCUCUGGUCUCCCCGACAGCCCUCAGCACAGUGAGCCCCUCCUCCACUCUGUCAAAGCCUUACAGGCCUUGGGGCACGGAGAUUGGGGCCUUCUGAAGCUAACAGCUGGACUGAAGGCAACAGCUGAGCUGUGCCCACCUCCACAGACUAGGCAGGACAACCUGCCUCAUCUGUUUUUUAUAGCAAUAAAACACAGGGGAACAAAGCAAGCUGAUUUUAUUUUGUUAAGUAUAAAGAAUAAGUGGGAGAGGUUGCUGAAGGGUGUCGUUUCCACUCAGUAUGUCAUUAUUCUUAUAAAGAAAGGAAUUUUAAAUGAUUUUAUGAUAUUCAUUGAAAUUGAUAACUAAUUUAGUUGUGCACUGUUUCCAGGUUGAGGACUGAUAUGAUGAUAUGAAAUAUGGGCCAUGAUUAGAUGUACUGUAAGCACAAAUGUAGAGGUAAUAUUUUAUAGACCACAUACUGAAACUUCUACAUUUGUCGAGCAUGAAUGUCUGUAUUUAACAUAAUGUAGCUUUACUUAAUUGGGUCUGCUUCUUUAGUGGUAUCAGAACAAUGUGCCAUUGUUGGAAAACUAACCACUCGAGAAUCUGAAAUUUGCGUUCUUGUACCUAUUUGUAAUAUUUUUGUACCAAUAAAUUGAGUUAAAUGUAUAAAACAUGGAUUUAAACCAAA